AUGUCAGGUCUAUUAGGAGAAGUUGGCACCCCGUGCCCAUCAAGAUCUUCUCGAUUUGACCGGAGCAGCGGAGGAGAUAGCUCGUUUAGCAAGCUCUGGGAGGAUAGCUUGGAAAACUGUGACGAGACGGCCAACAUCGAAUUCACCACCGAGAUCAAAGCGCCGCUUCUAACGACAGUCAAGCCCCGUCGAAGGACGAAGACCGGCAGCUCUUUCGCUAUCCACGAUGAUGGCGAACAGAACCCCGUGCAAACAGUCAACCCGAAGAGAAGGGAAAUCCGUCCAGCAGUCGCCCCUUCAGGUCGAAAGAUGUCUUUACUGGCCCAACCGGCCCAGAGGUUCCGUCCGAAGGUUAGCUUCACGGCUAGUCCACCUAGGACUUCGAAGCCAUUAGGAGAGCCCGAGAAGAAAUUGCGGAGUACAAAGCUAGACGCCCAAAAGAAUAGGGAGCUUCUGAUGCAGAUUAAUGGGAACGGACGUCAAACUCCAUCGAAGAAUGCUUUGAAGACUGAUGCACGCCGUAACACGGUGUAUAUUCCGCCGGAUGACUCCACUGUUGCGAGCGUGUUUACGGGUAUCAUCAGCCCUACCAAGUCUAACAGUAUGCAAGACUACGUUCCGGAGGACACGCAGGUUAACGCCUUAGAGUCACAUGUCGCUAGGAAGCGGCAGGCUAGACGCUCUUUGGCUUCAUCCGCGCAGCGAAUUCCGCUUCAACCAAGCGCGAAAGUUAAGCAGGAGUCUUAUAUUCACGUCGAUAUUGCUGGGAAGAACGGUGGAAAAGAAAAUAUUCCUCCUGGAGCUUGCCUUCUCGGCAAGGGAAAGGGCAAGGAUACUCAACCCAUGAAGACCAAUGACGAAUUUAAAAACCCUCGAACAGCUUCGAAACCUGCACAAGCUCAACUGCGUGGAUAUCCUUCUACAAAGCCGAUGAGUCCACUCAAAGCAAGGUCUGUUAAUGGGACUGUGAAGCGAACAGUGAUGAGAGAAAGUAGAAACAACGCCAAAGCAGCAUCCGUUCAUGUGGUACAAGAAAGCAACAAGUUGGAAAAGCGAAAAACAAACGACAAUCGAGCUCCCUCAGUUUCUAAGCAUUCCACACUUUCCAAUACGUUGAAGAGCUCUGAGAUGCGCGUCAACCUCUCCAAGGCCUCGGUAGUGCGCCCUAAACCGAACCACAUUGACGACGAGUAUCCAUUGCUGAAGGACGAUAUCACAAAGCCGGAAUUGUAUGAAGAUGACUGGCUCUCCCAUCAGGAGAUCAUGAUAACUCAACUGGCCAAUAGGGUUUUUGAUCAGACCAACGAGAGUUUAAGCUUCCAAGAUCCAACAGCACUUCGACAUGAACUACUCAAGCUCUACCAGAACACACCAUUUGCACAUCUUUAUAAGAGGGUCCAAGCAUCAUUGCUAUACGGUGCCAUGAGUAUCCCGAGAGAUGUGCUUGGACGGAAUGACCGGCUGCGGCAGGAUGUGGGAAUGAAGCGAAAAUUCUUGGACUUCUGGAUGCAAACGUAUGAUCCACGGGCGUUACGAGCGGCAGUGGAAACAGUCACAGGAAGGAGGAUGACCGAUAACAGACUGGCUCAGGAGAGCAGUCAUAGCCAACCUGACAUGGACUUUGGCGAUGGUAAAGCACUGAAGAGAGGACUAGAAAACUUUUUAAAUACUUUUUUGCUGCAAAACCAAGACAUGGAACGACAUGCUAGAGAAUUCAGCGGCGGGGAUUCAGACGAGGUUGGCACGGCCUAUCAUCGCACUGUACUUCGCAGCAUCAUGAUCGUCAUCCUCUUGGACAAGGGAAUUUCAAGCCCAGGGACGGUACUUCCACGUUGCCUUUUCCUUCGUUCAUCCCAGUUCAAGUCCUCUGCCGCCGUGCUCCAGGCCUUAACUCGUUUUCUUCUACCCUCGUCCGGAGACAUCAUCAAGACGCUUGGUCAUUUAGACUGCCAGUUGGUCUAUGAGCAAAGCGCGCUGCAGGAGUACGACUACCAGAUAAGCAACUUAGCUGUAGACAUGAGAGACGGUGUCCGGCUAACUAGGAUUGUGGAGUUAUUAUUAUAUCCGACCGACUUAUGCCUCGCAGAUGGGGCGCGUUUGGGCCCGCUUUCACAAGGGCUGAAGCUUCCAUGUCUUAGUCGCGCAGUAAAGCUGUUCAAUGUGCGAAUUGCUCUGAAUGCAUUGGCUUGCAGCAAGAGUUCCCACAAGCUGGUUCGUCGUAUCUGUGCGGAGGACAUAGUCGAUGGACAUCGUGAGAAGAACGUCGCACUUCUAUGGGGCCUUGUUAGCCAAUGGAGCCUCGCUCGGCUUGUCGAUUGGGAUGACUUGAGAAACGAGAUCGACCGCCUAAAGCAGAAGGCCGUCUCUCAGUAUGGGUAUGAGUCGGUCAAGGGUGAGGGAUGGUUCAAUAGAGAUUUCGAUGGUUUGUAUGAGCAGGGUGACGAGGCUACAUCGUUGCUUCGACAAUGGGCCUCUAUUCUGGGAUAUUUGAAAGGCCUACAACUUGAGAACUUUAGCACCAGCUUCGCGGACGGCAAGAUUUACGAAAGCAUUGUGGAUGAGUACGAGAACUACAUACUCAAAGGGAGUCAGCCCCUAUCUACGGAACUCAUGGAGCCACUCUCCUCGCUGCAAUCUCGCCUCAGGGAGCUAGGAUGCAGUGCAGAGCUCGCGUAUCUCAUUUCCCCUAGUUCUUCAAGGGCGCACAUCCUAAACAGCGACUUCACACUGGGGGCACUCACCUUCCUCUGUUCUCGAUUCCUUUCCGCAACUAAGCGUGCUCGCGCGGCGACAUUUUUGCAAAGGAGAUGGCGACAAGUCCUCGCGCAUCGGGAUCUCCAACGGCGGACAGUCGCCCGAGACGUCGCUAGACAAUGCGCAGCCGUCGUGCAGACAAGAGACCGAAUCCUCUGGGCCAAAGAGAUCAUUAUCCGGUGGUGGAGAAUGGUGAAAGCGACGCAGCAGCGGCACAACACAAGCAGCAGAUACGAGAAGCUAAUCCCUAUGUCCAAGGGGGUCCCUCUACGUGGCCAGCGGUCCGCGUACUGAACUCGGACGUUUCAUAUACCCGCGGUUGCAUAUUGGGCAUUGGCAAGGCAAUGACCCUUGUAUGAAUUAUAGAGUACGAUGUCAAGCCAAUCACUCAACAUUGCCUUAGUUUGGCUGUACUAUUUUCAGCGUCUCCAGGAUCAUA